UCUACCCAAACUGCUGCUCUUUCUCCCCGGCCCUUGGGACUUGGGAGUGCGUGAGAGUGAGGGACUCAGCAAAACCCUAAUUUUCACCCCAAUUCGCCCCUUCCAAACCCUAACCCUAAUACGCUCGAUGUUGUAAUCCCGCCGCGUUUGCCAUGGCUCUAGAGGGGCCCGCGGAGCGACGGGACGAGGGCCAGCAGGGAGGGAUGGCGAACGGGAAUGGCGUGGCUCCGCCGCCGUCGCGCAUGGCCGGCCGGCCGUUGGGGGCGGCUGCGUACUCUGACAGGCGGCUGCGCCUCAAUCCGAACACGGAGCACAAGCCGCAGGACUACACCGACGUGCGCGGCGAGUACGCGCCAGCCGUGUACAGCGCCCUGGAGCGGCACCUCCCGCCUAGCCUCCUCGAUGCCGACCGUGAUGUCAAGCUACACUUCAUGCGGGACAUACUCGCGCGCUAUUGGCCCCAUGGCGAGCGAAACAAGGUUCAUAGGCACAAAGAAUACAGGCAGAAGAUAGUCCACCUCUAUAAGCCACUUCAUCAAGAAUUAUACAGCAUGCACCCUUCGGCUUUCUUCUUACCAACAUUCCUUGAAGCAGUAAGAACCAAUACAGAAGAAAGCAUUGCAAGUAUAAUGACUGAACCAAUUCCUGGUGUUUUUUCAUUUGCUAUGUUACAGCCCAACUUUUGUGACAUGCUAUUGGAGGAGGUAGAGAACUUUGAAAAGUGGGUUCAUGCAAUGAAAUUUAAGAUAAUGAGGCCAAAUACAAUGAAUAAGUAUGGUGCUGUCCUUGAUGAUUUUGGCCUGGAAUCUAUGCUGAAUCAGUUCAUGGAGGAGUUCAUAGCUCCAAUUUCUAAAGUUUUUUACCCUGAGGUUGGUGGAGGAACAUUGGACUCUCAUCAUGCUUUUGUUGUUGAAUAUGGGAAAGACAGAGAUGUUGAACUAGGUUUCCAUGUUGAUGAUUCUGAGGUCACAUUAAAUGUUUGCCUUGGCAAGCAAUUCUCAGGCGGUGAAUUAUACUUUCGCGGCAUUCGUUGCGAGAAUCAUGUGAACUCAGAAACACAGCAUGAGGAAAUGUAUGAUUACUCUCAUGUUCCUGGACGAGCUGUACUUCACCGUGGCCGUCAUAGACAUGGUGCUAGACCGACAUCAUCAGGGCUCAGAAUGAAUCUGCUUUUGUGGUGCAGAAGCUCCGUGUUCAGGGAGAUGAAGAAAUACCAGAUGGAUUUUUCUAGCUGGUGCGGUGAGUGCCAGCGUGAAAAGACAGAGAGGCAGAUUCAGUGCGUCAAAGCGACCAAGUUGGCAUUUCUUAGGGGUGCUGGAGGGGCAAUGAUUUAAGUCAUAUUUACUGCAUGUAUUUUAUGCAAUCCUGUAUUAUAUUAAACAUCCUUUGAUCAUUGGGAAACAUCUAGUAUAAUUGUUGUCAAAUUUCCAGCUCGUAUGUUUGUCAGUGUCAUUGCAUCUUAUGUAAAUCUGAACUUCCCUUCUGCAUUGCCACAUAAGCCAUGGUUUUUACUUUUA